UCUAUUCUGACCUGGGUUUUCCUACAGAGGAGCAGAGGUUUGAUGCGCAGCGGGGCUGCCAGGCUCCUUCCCUCUCCUCCUCCAGCCCCUGUUCCUCUCUGCGGUGGCACUAACGCCUGUCUGCUCCUGCUUACCCGGUUUGAGAAAGCGGAAGAAUAACUUCUUUUGUCGUGCUAAUUUUCUGUUGAUUUAGGUGCCUGCAGUGACCCUCCCUGGGCUCCAAUCUUUCUGGAUCCCUCUCUAAUUGAUCCAUGUUUCCGAACUCUCCCCUGUAACCUUCGCAAGCAGCCAAAAUGAAGUUGAAGCAUGACAUCAACCCUGUUCUUCUACAGUUUAUAAACUUUAUAAUCUUGGUGUACUCCUUUGUAACGUACAUUCCGUGGUACAUACUUUCAGGAUCCAGGCAGGCUAUAGCAAAAGCCAAGCAGGUUAAAGCUAGACCUGUGAAUAACAAGCCUGGGGGUGCGUACAGAUCUGUUAACAGCCUACAUUGCUUAGCUUCGGUUUUAUAUCCUGGGUGUGAUACGCUCGACAAAGUUUUUAAAUAUGCUAAAACUAAAUUUAAGGACAAAAAACUCUUGGGAACACGUGAAAUCCUAAAAGAGGAAGAUGAAAUCCAGCCAUCAGGAAAAGUUUUUAAAAAGGUCAUCCUUGGCAAGUACACCUGGCUUUCAUACGAAGAUGUAUACGUUAAAGCUGUUAAUUUUGGAAAAGGCUUAGCAGUGUUGGGUCAGCAACCGAAGACGAACAUUGCGAUCUUCUGUGAGACGCGGGCCGAGUGGAUGAUUGCGGCGCAGGCCUGCUUCAUGUGCAACUACCAGCUCGUUACUCUGUACGCUACGCUGGGAGGCCCAGCAAUAGUACACGGGCUGAAUGAGACAGAGGUGACCACCAUCAUUACCAGUAAGGAACUGAUGCAAACAAAAUUGAAGGAGAUUGUUUCUCAGGUUCCACUGCUGCGACACAUUAUUACAGUGGAUGGCAAACCAACAACGUGGUCAGAGUUUCCCAAGGGUGUCAUUGUUCACACGAUGGCUUCUGUGCAAGCCAUGGGGGCCAAGGCAGAUACCGGAAAUAAGCAGCAGGCUAGGCCUGUGCCCUCCGAUAUCGCGGUGAUCAUGUACACGAGUGGAUCCACAGGAGUUCCCAAGGGAGUGAUGAUCUCCCAUAGCAACAUAAUUGCUGGGAUAACUGGAAUGGCUGAGAGGAUUCCCAAUCUGGGGGAAAAAGACAUCUAUAUUGGCUAUUUGCCUCUUGCCCAUGUUCUGGAGCUGAGCGCUGAACUUGUGUGUCUGUCUCAUGGAUGCCGCAUCGGUUACUCUUCGCCUCAGACAUUAGCUGACCAGUCCUCUAAAAUAAAAAAAGGAAGCAAAGGUGAUGUCACUACACUUAAGCCAACCCUAAUGGCAGCUGUCCCGGAAAUUAUGGAUCGGAUCUACAAAAAUGUCAUGAAUAAAGUGAAUGAAAUGACUAGUUUCCAGCGGAAUCUAUUUAUAUUGGCCUACAACUACAAAAUGGAACAGAUUUCCAAAGGUUACAGUACCCCACUCUGUGAUAGCCUUAUUUUCCGGAAAGUACGAAUGCUGCUAGGUGGAAAAAUCCGCAUCCUGCUUUGUGGAGGAGCUCCGCUCUCUGCAGCGACUCAGCGGUUUAUGAACAUUUGUUUCUGUUGCCCUGUAGGACAGGGGUAUGGCCUGACUGAGUCAGCGGGAGCUGGAACUAUCACAGAAGUUUGGGAUUACACUACAGGGAGAGUGGGAGCACCAUUGGUCUGUUGUGAAAUCAAGUUAAUGAACUGGGAAGAAGGUGGAUAUUACAACACUGAUAAACCAUAUCCUAGAGGUGAGAUUCUUAUUGGAGGGCAAAAUGUGACUGUGGGAUACUACAAAAAUGAAGUACGAACCAAAAAAGAUUUCACUGUUGAUGAGAAUGGGCAGAGGUGGCUCCAUACUGGAGACAUUGGAGAGUUUCAUCAAGAUGGAUGUCUAAAAAUUAUUGAUCGUAAAAAGGAUCUUGUAAAACUCCAGGCAGGAGAAUAUGUUUCUCUUGGCAAAGUAGAGGCAGCUCUGAAGAAUCUUCCACUGGUGGAUAACAUUUGUGCAUAUGCAAGCAGUUUCCAUUCUUAUGUCAUUGGAUUUGUUGUGCCAAAUCAAAAGGAGCUCGCAGAACUAGCUCGAAAGAAAGGAUUUAAAGGAACCUGGGAAGAGAUCUGUAACAGUCCUGAGAUGGAAAAAGAGGUACUGAAGGUGCUAGCUGAGGCUGCCAUGGCAGCUAAUCUGGAGAAGUUUGAAAUACCAGUAAAAAUUCGUUUGAGCCCUGACCCUUGGACCCCUGAGACUGGUCUAGUGACAGAUGCGUUCAAACUAAAACGCAAAGAGCUCACGGCAUACUAUCAAAUGGACAUCGAUCGAAUGUAUGGAAAAAAUGUAAAAUAAUUAUUUUUUUUCUGCACCACUUUGCUACAAUGAGCUUGGAUCAAAUAGGAAAUACUUGAAUUGCCUGUCUCAACACUUGAGAUCAACACAACAAAACCACCAUUCAUCAUUUGCAGCUUAAACUGUUAUUUCUGAUAACAUCACCGUGAUGACUGGCAAGUUUAGUAAAAUGUUACGGCAGCAAACUUGUGUCUGUCUCCUUUUUUCCAGUUUUCUCUGCUACCUUGUCAGUCUGUGGAUUUUCCCGAGUCUUUUUGGGAGACCAUGAUUCUGAAGCCUCAAGUUUUUAAACAUUUAUAAAUCCUGUAUAAUGUUUUAUUUGUAUCUUUAAAAUUUGGAUGUAUAUAGAGAGAACUUGGCUAUAUAAGAAAUGGUUAUACUGGGGGCCUUUUUUACCUAAUUAUUUAAAGAUAAGAAGGUAUUGAUGUUGUGACAUGAUGUACAUUGAAAAUGCUUUCAUUGUUGAACAGAGCACCAGGUUAUUUGCUGCUGUGCUAUUUUUCCUGUGUAAAUCUGAGGGAGAAAAUGUUUGACGUUGCGGCUCGUGUAAUACACAUUCAGUAUGUGCCUAAUGGUUACUUUUAUAUUUAUCUGAAAAUGAAAAGAUGGUCGUGGCACAGCUCUGCGUAAAGGCAGGUACUCUUGCAGGUGUUAGUUAGAGCUUGUUUAAUACAAAAGAUGCUAUUAACCCAGCAGAAGUUAAACCUAAGAAUAAUCUCUCAAACACAGAGGCUCCUUUUUUAAACUGCUGGUGACCAUUUCAUCCAGUAGUUGAAUUGUGUAGAGCUAAUAAGAGCUCUCAGCAUUAAUUUCACUAAAUACUUUGUAAAUUUGAACAUGUCCUGUUAGCAGAGGGACUUGUUACAGCUUUUGUCUUUUCUCAUCAGGUUUGGGCAUUACACUGGGUUUGCUCUUUCCUUGUUUGUGAAAGCCUGGCAAGACCCCUGUUCUGCCCGAGCUGCAACCCAAAUCAUCUUGGGGGGAUUUUUAAAGUUAUAAUGACAGUUAUGUUCUCAGCUCACACAGUGCCCAGCUGCCCUCUGUGCCAUUAAAAAUCUCCCUUUCAUUCUGUGUUCUUCUGGUUAGCAUUUUUUUGCUUUAAAAACAGAUAUUUGAAGUAUUUGUCAGCCAGAGUUAUUUAUCUUACUUGGUCUGUUAUACCCAGUUCUUACUUCGGGAAGGAGUCUCAAUUUCUGUUUUACUAUAAAUAUGUGAAUAUUGUUUCAAGAACUAUGGGGGAUCUUUUCAUCUUCAGUGAGUGUGUUUAGAUUUGUUUCAGAUGUGAAUUUUAUUUUCAAAAUAUUUCUAGAAAAGAAUGUUUUAAUCAGGGUUACACGAGAAUGUGAAAAGGCGUACAUCAGUCAACUUUGUGAUGGAACAAAUAUUAAAAUGGCUUUAAUUUGGAGAUUAUUCUCUCAUGUGUAUCAUUUACUUGCAGUAUUAAAAAAAAUCAAGGUCUUGAUGCUCACUUAGUACCCUGCGGUGGUAGCGUGUAGCAGUUCUGCACCACGGAGGCUUUGUUUAGGGGAAGGAGUUCCUGCUGUUAGCACUUGUGACGUGGGAGUUCUGGGAGGUGUUUGGCACACAAAUUCUCUUUAAAAAUGCAAUCUGAAAUAUUAUUUAAAUUAACACUCUGCGUUGAUUCUAGAAAGCAGUUUCAUAGGAGCCCAAAGUUGUCAGGCAGGUUCCCUGUGCUGUAGUUCUGAUGGAAGGUGGAGAAGGUGUGUGUUAGGUGACCAUCUCCCCUGCUGCUGGCUGUGACAAACUGUUACUGCUCCGUCAGUUCUGGUGGAACUAGUCAAAUGGAAAUACAAGCAACAAGAAGAAAUGAGAACCCUAUUUAUGAGAUUAAUGCCCUCAGAUAUCUAGAUCAUAAAUUGAAACCUUCUGGCAAAUAGAGCUAAGACUAAUGUUGGAAAAAGGCUGAAGAAUCCGAAUGUGGGAAGUGUCGCACCGUAUAUUAGACGUUACUGAUGCUUAAAUAUCUAUCUGUGCUCCAUCAACAGGUUCUUAAAUAGUUCGCACUCAGCACAGGAUGUACAUUGUUCAAAUAUUUUUUUGUUAUUUUUAGUGAAAGUUAAUAAUUGCUGAAGUACCACAUAUGUUACUUUGAUGCAUUGUGCAGCAGAUUUAAGAAAAUAAAUCUGCUUUUGGUUAACUUGGAAGAAAUCUGAAGUGAGAAUUUUGUUCUGCUAAGGGUUUAAAUCCACUUUUGGAUAAAAUGCAUAAAUGAAACUUUUAAAAUGGUUUGAAAAUAGUAGUUUUAAUUUUUCUUCUAAUCCAGUCAACACUGGGUUACAGUCUAACUCUGCGUUUGGUUUUACAGUUGUUUUUUUUUCUAUUGAAAAUUGCUGUCUAAAUACAUAGUUCCUCUUCCUUUAGACAUCAGAUUCAUUGUGGACAUUUAUUUCUUCUAUGGAAUGUGAAAAUAAAGCGGUUCAUUAAUUUUAGCCUCAGCGUUGAAGAUAAAAAGACUUUUAAAAUACUUGUGUGAGCUUAAAAUAUUUGUGACGAGUAUGGGGUUGGUUUUCUUUAUUGUUUUUUUUAUUUAUAACAAAACCCCAGACUUUAAUACUGCUAUGUUCUGAGUCCUUCCAUGUCCCAUUGAGGGCAGCUGUCCCGUGGGUGUCCCGGCUCCUCGUGAAGAGCCCGUGGCUGUAACGGGGCGGUAGGUUGGGGUUGGGGUUCAGCUGUAGGGGCUUCCAGCUCUGGCAGCCUUGGUCCUGGAGGCUGCAGGGCCUGAGAGAUACUUGUGGCUGCCACCACCUUCUCACCCUGUGCUUGUGCAUUGCUGAGCAGAAAGACAACUUCAGGGGGGUUUGUUGGGACCCUGUGCAGAUGCACUACACACCAGCCAGGAAUUUACCUGCUCUCUCUUUUUUUGGUGUUUUUUUUUUGUUGUUGUUGUCGUUGUUUUUUAAUGUGUCUUCCCAUGCCCAGUGUAACGAGAACAAAAGUACCUGCUGGAAUGUAGCACACGUGUCCCAAAGGCUGCGGGCAGCUGUAGAGAAAAUUAGGAAAAGUGGAUGGUUGGAAGUAGCGAUCUCCAUCAGGUGGGGAGUUUUGAAAUGGAAAGAGCUGUAACUUUUAACAGUCUUUCUGAGCUCAAAACAAGAAGAAGGGGUAUAUGCCUCACCUAAGGGGCCCCAAAAAGUUUUUUUUAACAAAGCUUUUGUAAAUACAAGACUUCCCAGGACUCUGAAUCAUUGGAGAUUGUAAGUGCUUACUCUGUUGUGAAAACUUACUUAUUUCAUUAUGAAAAAUGACUGACCGAGCAAUUCCAAGGAUGCUGUGAAUGUCCUUUAAGUUCCUAAAAUUAUUUAAAAAUAUUUCAGGAGUUUGACUAAAUUCAAUCGAGGUGUCAUAAAUGUUCUUCAGAGAGAAUAGUAUUUCUGGAGUAGGUUAGGAAAUUAAAAAACUUACGUGUCAGAAAAGGACCUUGGGAGUUUACUGGUGCUGCUGCUGCUGCAGUUUACACACAGGCAGGGCCAUACCUCACUGGGAAGCUGUAUCCUCGCAGUAAAAUGUUUUGCUGAAAUGAAAGCAAAAAGCAAUGUGCAACUGAAAGCAAGAACGUAAUGCAUUCCUGUGUCCUACCCGUCGUGUGGGUGGGAUGCGGAGAAGGGUAUGGAAUUGAAUCCAUACAUUAAGAAUGUCCUCUAAGGCUUGUAAGUUUAUGCAGCAAUUGCUACAGGACGUAAGACUCCUUUGCAACAACCUUUAUCCUGCUAAAAUUCACAAGCUUCUAUUCGAUACUAAAACUACAUUUGGGUGAUGCAAUGCAGCAUUUUUAAUUUUCAUUAAUGUGAUGUGUUAACUACUUUGGACUCAGUAUAGAAUUGUGUACAUCUGUUUCUUUACCGGGAAGAGGAACAAUCUUCAAUUUGCAUACACCUUGGGCCAGGCUGAAAAGUUAAUUGGGUGAGCAGUUGUAUAUUAUUGUAAUUGGUUAUUUAAUGUAAACCCAUUUUCAAUGUGAUCUUGGUUGUUACUAUGAACUGCCUGAACAUUGUAUAUCCUAAUUGACUUAUAUUGUAUGAAUUAUUUAUUUGUAAUUGGAUAUCAUGUUUCAAAAAUAAAAUUAAUUUCACAAAU